GGCAAACGCGCGACCCCGGCAGCGUCGGCGUGACUCCGCCUGCGUGACGCGCGUGACGCCAUGUUCGAUGAGGGCAAAGUACCCAUCCGCGAGAGCGAGGGACGUUCUGAUUCUGGCCAAUCACCGCUAGGGGACCAGGUGCUCCCGCCCGAUUGGUUACCCGGGCCGCGUGACACUGAGCGUCUCUUGCGAUUGGUGUUCAGUGACUUCACGUGACCCGGAGAGCUUUUAGGCGGGAAGAAGUGACUAAGUGAGGCGUCUCGAGCGAGUGGGAGAAUGCCACGUGACCAGAUGGCAACGGGCCACGGCGUCGUGUGAUUGGCUGAGAGACGGCAUGUGAGAUGAGAACUGGCCAGAAGUGCUGAGAUGAGCUUAGAGGCACAGGCAGUGUCCAGGUUUCGCACCCCGGAGCCAGUCUUUGGAGUUGUUGCUCCCGAGAUCAUUGAAGAUACUUUAAUUUGUUUAGCUACAGAAAAUGAACAAUAUCUGAAUGAGCUGUCGGAUCAAGCAGGAUGCUUCAAAGAGACCCAGAUAGUGGAAUUUGUAUUUCUUCUGUGUGAAAAAUGGUUCCUGGACCAAUCUGCACGAUAUCAAGCAGUUGAAAUAUUUGAAAGGUUUAUGAUUAAGCAUGUAGAAGAGAGCUAUAACUCUACCAAAAAGUCAAGGACGAACAAUGAACAAGGAGAGGGCAACAUCUGGGGCACUUGGAAAGCACAGAUGUGUGACACAUUUGUGCUGCGGCUUGUCUCUUGCAUUCAGCUUGCAAGCAAACUUUCUUUUCACUACAAUAUAAUUAACAAUAACACAGUUCUGAAAUUUCUGCAGUCCUUAGACUAUUCAUACACAAAACAGAACUUGCUGGAAUCAGAACUUGCCAUUCUGAAGGCUCUACGCUUCCAGAUCAAUGUGCCAACUCCUUUUGCCUAUGUUGAGUUGCUUCUGGAGGUGUUAGGACAUAAUGGCUGCUUACUUCCUAUGAAACAGUUGCAUAAGAUGUGCAUGCACCUACUGGAUUUAACUUAUCUCAUGCGGAACAUCAUCUAUGAUACUUUACUGAAGAUUUCUAUUGAGAAUUCAACACCGAAUGAACUCCAGAUAGCAAAAUUUUUGCCAGUAAAGGAAGAUUUCAUGCUCUUGGCAGUUGGCGUCAUCAGCACAAGCGGUUUCAUACUAAAUCCUGAAUACUGGAAUCAGGUUGUGGAGCAUUUAAACUGCAUCACUGGUAUUACCACACAGAGCAUUUUAGAGUUUUCAUAUGCAAUACUGAAGCACAGUGUUGGCACCACUAAUCCAAGGAAGAACAAAGGAACUAGAUCUUCAGAGAACUAUGUUGUAUCUCCUACAAAAUAAACUUGGCUUUUCUACUGCAACCUUUCCCAUGUAUCUGUGUCCUCAAAGCCAUGUUCCAGCCACUAACCUUUUGUAAUAGAUGCAGGUGGUUUUGAUUUGUAACUCAUGUAGGAUGAACUUUUGUUUAAUUGCAAUGUAGUAGCUGUCAAAUAUGGCAUUUAAAACUGUUAAAAUUGGCCUUUGCAAACUAUCCCCUAUACUGAAGUAGUGACAUCGGAGUAAAAUGCUGCCAUUGUGAAGUGUUUUGCUUUCAGAAAAAUGGUUAUAGAAAUGGCAGCAAUAAGUCUACAAACCGUUUUACUGUGUACAAGUGCUACAAGCCGGGCCAGGCUUUCUUCACACAGUGGCUGUUGUGCAGAAGCAGUGACUGUCUUGAACAGUUUACAAUCUCAAGGUUGUUUCUUCCUAUAUUCCUUUCCUUCUUCCCCCCAGAUCUAGUUUCCCCACAGCUCAAAAAGAAAUUCAGUUAGGUAGUCUGCCAGUGUUAACACGGAAAUGCAAGUCAAAUCAAGCACCAGCUGCUUUGAAAGCUUGAUUUAAAUCUUACUUGGAUAGAAAGCUAUUCAGAAUCUACAUACCAGUACACAGAAUGCCAUGCUGUAGUUAAGUAUAUGUGGAAUGGAAGCACUCAAUUUGUCCAGAAUACAAAGUAUUUUAUUACAGUGUUAUUUAGUGCACCUUUGUGCAGUAACAGGCUGCAGGAAAUAUUUGUUACAAAUAGUUAAAUAGCUGGCAAUGUUUUAAACAAUAUCAAAUCCCCCAUAAAGUUCAAUGGCACCAAGUUAAGUGCUCAUCAGUUCUGAUUUAAAGAGAAGAUACUAAGUUUCAAGCAUUAGUCAACAUUUAGGGUGAUCAGGCAGAGGUUCCAUAGGCUUUGCCCACAACACAGUUCUCACUGUGUCACUAAUAUUUCAUCUUUCUAACUGCACUCUCUGUUAAAUUGUAAUGAGAUUAUAUCAGAUACCUACUGGUGCUGUACAGCAAGUUUCUGACUUGUCUAUAAAACUCCCAGAUAUUUGCUAACUAGCUAUUUCAUAAAGAGCUGAAUUAUAUUCAGUUCUGCUCAACAGUACAAUUUUACAUAUUGCUUUUCUAUGUACUACUUGUCAAAUUAAAUUUUAAAGUGUCUUGUGGAUUUUUGGUCUUGUAAACAUGUUGUAUUGGUUAAUAUUAAGUGACAAUUUAUGACAUUCUCGAGAAA